ACGUGAUUCGCUACGAGCCUGCGUAAAACUUUUGAUUGCGUAACGUGUCCAAGAGAUCAAAGAUGUAGGCGCAGUCUCGUCAGUCUCAAAGGAAAUUGUCAAGAGAAAGGACGUGUCUAUCGAAGAAAGUCUACGAAGCAAACAUUUUAAACAUGCCACGACGACGUGCAUCUGCUCCCCCACCAAGGACAGUUAGGAGGGCCGCACCGGCUCCUGCUCCGGUCGCAGCACAUCCUCCAGCACAUGCCGCUCCAUCGACACCCAUGGUAGCUCAACCUCAGCAGCCGUCCCUCAUGGGACAAAUGGCUGCCACUGCUGGAGGAGUGGCCAUCGGUUCAGCAGUGGGUCACACCAUUGGACAUGCCGUAACAGGCCUUUUCAGCGGUGGUUCCAGCGAGGCUGCUGCUGUACCCGCAGCAGCACCCGCGGCCGCUCAAAGCGCAUCCGGACCUGCACCUGCAACCGGCGCUUGUGCAUGGGAAGUCAAACAAUUCUUGGACUGUGCCCAGAACCAGUCCGACCUUACAUUGUGCGACGGAUUCAACGAAGCCCUUCGCCAAUGCAAAGCUUCUCACAACAUGAUUUGAAGCAGUAUUUUUUGAAAAGUGGAUGGUAGCAAAAUGAUUGUAGAAAGUAUUUAGAAAAAUCAAUACUAUACGAAAUUUGGAUUCAGUUGAUGGUA